UCUGGAUGCCCCUGAGGCCAAGUAGUCGGGCUCAGGAGCGGCGGCCGCGGGUGCGUCCUUGGAGACUUCGGUCUUCCAGCGCUCGGCCGAGGGCGAAUCCGGGACCACAAAUACCUUCCUGGCUUGGAGGAUCGGCGGGCCCUUCUCAGUCUUCGCGCGACAGAGGGACGUGCAAGCCUUCAGACUUCAUUAUUAUUAUUAUCAUCAUCAUCAAGCCUUUUCAUUUAACGCGUAAAGCUGUAUCCUGGCCAUGCAGAUUUUCAGGCCGGUGGUUGGGUAAAGUUGUCUACGGCUCGGUCCAUUGCGCUUUACGCCGAACUUAGUUUCAUCGGCCUAACUUUCCCGCAAGCGUACGUAAGCCGUUUUUCCGCCAGGCGCCUUCCGGAGGUGUAGGAGUGCAACUCCCCAGCUAUCCUGAUCCUGCGCUCUAGGGCCGAAGAGCACUUGGACGCCCGCUGAGACACGGCGGUUCAAUGCGGUAUCGCUCAGAGAUGUACAGCAAUCAAGUAUCACUUUGCUACACCAAUACGACGCUUAUGGAACAUCCCUAUCAAUUUAACUAAGAUCAUCCAGCAGGAUGAAUGGCACUUGUUACGUAAGUCCUUGGUGCAUUUAGGUUUAGCAUAUGGUCUUCCUAAUAUGAUGUGAUCCAUUGAUAUGGGGCAGGUUACAAAUAUGAAAAUAAAUAUUAAUCAUAUGAUGUCACUUUUUAAAUAUUUUUUUUAAGUAACCAAGAUGUAGGAAAUGGGGUAGAGAUGGUCACAGAAAUGGCCAGCGAUAAUUUUUUAAGGUAAGGCUUUUUAAAAACCACCUUUAAGACAAGAAAAGCUAAUCAGAAGAUGUGUCCAUCAUUUUUUUCUUAUUAAAAUGGGCGAGAAAUAGCAGCUCCAUGACCUGGUAGUUCUUUAUCAUAAGAAAGUCGCAUUAGGUUUAAUACAGCUUAUUUCUAGGAACAUGCAUGCAUGAGAAUAGGUUUAAUGUAAUUUUAACAUGUGCUGAUAAUGUUAAUUUAUCUCCUUCACUUAUGAGAAUAGAUCUAAGAAGAAUUACAGCAGGUUUUCUUGGGAUGGCAGCAGCUGUUCUUCUCUGUGGGUGCAUUGUAAUUGCAGUUGGCUUCUUUUGGGAGAAAAGCCUCACACAGCAUGUUGCUGGUCUUCUUUUCCUCAUGUCAGGCAUCUUUUGCACUAUUUCUCUCUGUACUUAUGCAUCAAGUAUAUCCUAUGACCUAAACCGCCUUCCCAAAUUCAUCUAUGGUCUGCCGGAUGAUGUUGAACAUGGAUACAGCUGGUCUAUAUUCUGUGCAUGGUGCAGUUUAGGACUUAUUGUUGCAGCAGGAUGUCUUUGUACCACUUAUCCAUUUAUUAGCAAGACAAAGAUUAGCUAUCUAAAAUCUACCAGAGACUCUUCUGUAUGACUAUUUAUAGGGGGAUACUUUUUUUGUUUUUAAGGUAACAUGAAGAGUAAUCUGGAAGGAUGUAUAAGGGAGCUUAAUUUAGAAUUCAAGCACAGAUAAAACCCCAAUCCUUUAAAUACCAAACGUGUCUCACCAGCCAGGAAACACAAAGGACAUCUAUGCUUCCAUGGUGGCUGAUAUAUCAAGUUCAGACAGCAAAAUUGUUGCGGAACUGAUCGUAAUUUAGCACAAUAUAUAUGCACAUGUCACAAAGAAAUGGAACUAUUUCUACUUGAACAAGAAAACUGUGUUGAUGUUUUAAUUCCUGUUGGCUGUCCAGAGUCAUGAGAUUGAGAUGGGUGGCCAUAUAAAUUGGAAUAAAUAAAAUAAAUAAAAUGGCUUUUUUUUAGAAGUUGGUAUGCAAAGUUUAAAAAAACAAAAACACUACUGCCAUACUAUCUAGUUGAUAAGAAUAUUUCCUUAUUUGUCUUAAUUAUACUUUAUAUCCUUUUUGUUUUUUUGUCUUGUUAGGUGAAACUUAGUCUUCUCUUUUAAUUAUCUUUAGUAGUUACCAAAAUGGUGGCAUGAGAGAGACUUUAAAGAAUUCCUGUGUUAGAAAUGAAUGAAUCAUUUGUUUUUAGAAGAAAUAAAAACAGAAGUCGGAGUGGAAUGACUUCCAGAAGGGGGUGGGCCACUUUAGAUAGCAAGAUUUCUGCUUGUAAUGUAUUUCCCUGAAACAUCUUCAUAUUUCAUAUACAAGCCAAUGCCAUCUAUAAAAAAGAUUAAAUGUAUAAAAUGGAUUAUGGCAUUUGUAUUAUUGGAAACAAUGUCUGUUGUACAUCUCAGUUUUCUUUGUCUAAAAAUAGUUAAAUGGCAUAAUAUCUUCCUCCGUUAAUAAAAUUCCUGAACAAGUGACUUGGAUAUAGCUCUUCUUAUAAACAAUACAGCUGCAAAUUAUAAAUGUUAUGUCCUUGUUCGGUUACACCUGUUUCAACCUUUCUGAAUGCAUUCCUGGACUUUUUAAGGGCAAAACUGUCUAUAUGAAAUAGACCACGCAGAGAAGCCCUACAUCAGCUCUUGCCUACCUUUGCAGCAAUUCCAUGGGGCCAAUGCAAAACAAAACAAAACAAAACAAAACAAAUUUAUUCUCAGUAAUUUCUAGCACCGUAAGGCUAAAGAGGCAAACUCAGCCUAUGGGCACGCCAGCUGUUUAUCUUUGUACUUGUCAAUGGUACUGGCCGUCCUCAAAAAGACAGGCUUAUUUACUACCAGCAAAAAACUUUGCUUCAUAACUGACAUAACAAAAUUAAUAUGCUUGCUGUAAAUAUACCUAAGGCUGCCAGAAACAAUUGGGGUAAGCCCUUUGGAUUAAUAUAUUGUACAGGUGAAAAGAAGGUAUGCUAAAUCAAUCUCCUACAUUAAUUACCACUCUUAAAACAGAUACCCACUAAAUUAGGAAAUGCAAGUAUGUUUAGAUUUAAAAAGGUCCCUGAUUUUAAAACAUUUGAAGCCACCUUACAUAGUCCAACUGGUAAUUGUACUCUACGUAAGUAUAUUAAAAUGCAGUAUUGGAAGCAUAACACACACCUAUCCCUUGCUAAAACAGGCAAGAAGUUCCUGAGGUUAUUUCUAAUCCACCAAUUCAGAGCAGUGUACUGUCAUCAAUAAACAUGUAUUCUUUAAACGGAUUCAUUUCUCAAAAUACUUUGUGACUGAAAAAUUGAAAUGGCUGCCCAUGUUUGGAAGGCAACUCAAUGCAAAUAUGAUUCUGAGAUAGCAUUUAUAUAAAAUGUUGUUUUUUAGUCCAAGGAAAAUGUA